CCCCGGCUCCCUGCGCUCGGCCAUGGCCCCCCCGCCUCCGUGCAGGCUCCCGAGGUCGCUGCCGCCGUGGCUGCUGCUGCUGCUGUUGAGUGUGGCGCUGCUGGGCUCCCAGGCCCGAGCCGAGCCCGCCGCUGGGAGCGCAGUCCCCGCGCAAAGCCGCCCGUGCGUGGACUGCCACGCGUUCGAGUUCAUGCAGCGCGCCCUGCAGGAUCUUCGGAAGACGGCCUACAGCCUGGACUCGAGGACGGAGACCCUCCUGCUGCAGGCCGAGCGCCGGGCCCUGUGUGCCUGCUGGCCUGCCGGGCGCUGAGGAUCCUCAGACACCACUGUCCCCUCAUCAAUAAAUGCCCAGCCCAGCA